CUGGGCCCUUUAUCAUCAGACAGCUACACAGCCUCCCUCACCGCUCAUGUACACGUGAACCGAUGUAGAUCUUUCCAGAUCGCUGCGCACCUGCAGCGUCCUACUCACGGGCAGAUCUCCUCCUCUUGACCUUCACAGAGCCUUUAGCGUCCUAUUUACGGGCAGUCACUCCGCUGAUCAUGAUGAUCAUUGACAACAUGGGUCCGGAAAAGAAGCAGGACGUAGUUAACCAUCAUGUCCAGAAUGAAAUAAUGGACGAGCCUCCCCCUUACGAUGGUCCAUCUGCUGGCUUUCGCGCAGCUCAGGCUUCCACAUCCAGGCCUAUUUCCACUUCCGCCCCUGUCUACCAGCCCAUCCAGCAGCAGUGCGUGAAUCACUUGUCCCUUUUCUCUCGCCACGACGCCAUUUUGGGUACAUACCUUGUUGAUCCGCGUCUCCCUGCUGCCAUCGGUGUCAAUAGCGGGUACAGAGGGCGACGCAGCCGCUCUGUCGACAAGGCACAUGCGCGCAACGUGCGCCAUGCGUUUGGGUCCGUCCCAGGUGGGGGCGACGACUCUGACCACUCGGACACAGCGAAAUGGCGUCGCCGCAGCUCACGCAAGCCAGAAGUCAACGCGGCUUUCCGGACUCGCCACGGGCCUAUCAAAGUUAACGUCGGCAUCGCCAACUCGGCUCUUAUGACCGCCUCCUCCGUCGACGGGCAGCGGAAGGCGCGUGGGCGCGUGAUGCUUUCCAGUCGUCAUGGACGAAUUCAUGUCAACUUGACUGAGAUACAGCUCGGUCGCAGCGCCGAUCUGGACGUGUCCACACGCCACGGAAAUAUCACCGUCUUCCUCCCGCCCAGCUUCGACGGCUCCGUCGCCUUCCGUUCUCGGCGCGGGGCCAGCGGGAUCACUUUCCUCCCCCACUUCGCCUCCCGCGCCCGCGUCGUGCGCGGCUCCGACCGCGAGAUGCUCGCCGGCGACGACUACUGCGUCAUCGGCACGCGCCACGGCAAGGUCGUCAUCGGGAUCUACGGCCUCGACACGGAGGCAGACGCCAUCCAGAGCGGAGGGCUGGCGGAGCAGCUGGGGGCGUUGGUCGAGAGUGGCGCGAAGCAGCUCGAGACCUGGUUGACAGCUGGCGCGAAGGCAUUGGAGACCAGCCUUCAGGCCAGGAGGGGCGCAGCGGACAACGCUCGCCAGACGAGAGCCAGGGCUCUGAGCAACCCGUUGAGGGCGCGAUCUGAGGCGAUUAUGGGAGCGUCCUCGAGGAAGGCUUGAGACGGGUGUUCUUUGUUGAAGAGAGGUGGAUUUCUAGGACAGUUGCCCUUCCAUUCGGACGACACUGAUCUAGUAUGUUUGUACUUGUACUAAUCUAGCUUGUAUGUACGUUCUAUCGCCCCCAGGAUUGCGGAGCAGUUUAUCUUGAGCCUAAACAGAGCCUGCGACCUAACAUCUGCAGGUAACAUUCAAGAAGGACCUAAUCACCUCGAAACUUGUAGGACAGUAGUGUGAUAGAGCGCUGAUACGUCACUCGGACCUAGCACCU